AUGACGAAACUGGUGCGCAAACUCAAACAAAUGGCCAAGAAAAGGGCCCACCGAAAUACCGUGUUGAAGCGUAAGGCAGAGCGGGCUCAAAAAGAACUUGAGGAAAAUGCCAAACGAGAAAAAGAACGGUUGGAGCGGGAGACAACACUCGAGAUGCAGCGGGUUGCCCGAGGUGAUGAAGCUUCAGCUACCGGGGAAUCAACGGGGCUAAGCAAUAAGGUAAUGCGUGUAGUAGGAGAUCUAAUGUUAGAACUACCAAAACAAAGGGCGAAGAAGCAAGUGUCACGUAAGCAGGCGAAGCGCAAGGAGGCCGCUCGAGAACGUGGCGAAGCAAUUGCCGCCCAAAUGGGAAAGAAAUGGGAGGCAAAAAAACGACGUGUGAAGCAGCGGGCGCAGAUCCGGAAUGAGGAUCUGCAUGAUUAA